UUGCAGCCUUCACCAUCGUCUCUUCUUGCUCAUCUCCCCCUUCUCCAUUGCUCUCGCUCGAUCUCCUGGAGAAGACACUUGUGGCAUGGCCGUGCGGGCGCAGUUCGGGGGCGGCCUCGCCGGGUGCCUGCCGCUCUGCGGCGGCGCCGGGCUGGCGGAGGACCAGCUGCUGGCGCUCAGGGACUUUGGUGGCGCGCUCCUGCCAGAGGCCGACAAGGGGUACCACUACAACUGCGCCGCCGGCGUGGUCAGCGGCGCGCAGAGUGAGCUGACAUGGAACGGCGGUGGUGGGGUGGCGUUGCCAUCGCGGAAGCGCGGGAGGGAAGAUGAUGCGCUCGACCAGUACGUGGCGUCCUCGUCGGCGGCGCUGCUGCCGAUCCCAGGGACGAUCGCGAGCCGCAUGGUGGACUCCGCGACGGCGUCGACGAGCGGGCGGCCGGCCGCGGCGGCGGCGGACGCGCUGGUGGCGGAGCUCCUGUGCCGGCAGGGCGCGGAGGUGGACGCGCUGGUGCGCGCCGAGUGCGAGUGGCUGCGCGCGGGGCUGGAGGAGGCCGGGAAGCGGCAGCGCCGGGCGCUGGCGCGCGCCGCCGCGGCCGGCGCGGCGCGCGCGCUGCGGGCGCGGGAGGCCGAGCUGGGCGCCGCGCGGCGGCGCGCGGCGGAGCUCGAGGAGCUGCUGCGGCAGGCGGCCGCCGAGGGCCAGGCGUGGCGCGGCGUGGCCCGCAGCAACGAGGCCGUCGCCGCGGGGCUCCGCGCCGCGCUCGACGCGCUCCUCCUCCGCGGCGCCGGUGCCGCCCCGGCGCCGGCCGCCGAGGAGGGCUUCGGCGAGUCCUCCGACCCCGCCCCUGCCGCCGCGGCGGCGGACGACGCGCUGUCCCGAUGCGUCGUGGAGGCCGAGGGCGCGGGCGCGGCCACGUCGGCCCCUGCGGCGAGCAGGUGGGCGUGCCGGGGGUGCGGCGGCGGCGAGGCGUCGGUGCUGCUGCUGCCGUGCCGGCAUCUGUGCCUGUGCAAGGCGUGCGAGCCCCGGGCGGAAGCCUGCCCCGUCUGCCUGGCGCCCAAGAGCGCGUCCAUCCACGUCGCCGCCGUCUGACCGCGCCGGCCACGGCGCGUGGCGGCCCUCGGCUCCGGCGAUCUCGCUAGCUAAUUAACUUCAUCACCAGUCAGUCUGAGUAAUUUAAAGAUAGCCGGAUACAGUAAAAUACUAGUGGUUACUGGUUAUAGGACAAUUUUAUCCCGUUCGUCCUGUUGUUUUGUAGAAGUUACCGCCGGUGUCAAAGUGCUGUUCUGGUUAACUUUUUGUACUAUAAGUGGAGAAACAGAUUAGUUGUGGUGGUAAAAGAGAUGAACAACCUCCGGCUGCUGCAUCA